CUCCCCGCCAUUCUCAGCCGGGGAAAGAAAAUACCGGUCUGGCUCCGUUCUCGUGCCUGAGGGUCUGGGCACUGGCGACCGCACGUAUCACACAAUCUCUUCGUCUGCCCUCCCUCUCCGCCGAGUGAUGGGCGGCUGUUCGUCCAAGAAUGCGCCUCACGCCCAGGACGCCCCCGGCCACCCAGAGGCCAAAAUCCAGGCGGGCAGGCGGCGGCUGUCGGUCUCGCAGGCGAGCCCCGUGCCGCAGAAGGACGGUACGGUGAUAGGCGGCAAGCCGGGAGGAGGGGAGGCUGACGAGGUGCGGGGGACGAUAGGGCGGGCGGGGCUGACGGACGAGGAUGACCUGGCGACGAUGCUGCCCAAGGCCAACCGACGCUGCUCCGUAUUUGGCGCGCCCGCACAGGAAAUGCAGAGGGGAUACGACGUACGUAAGUCAGUCAGAGCAGAAGAGAGGAGAGGAUUCAUAUAUUCAUCAAGAAAAGGAGGGAGGAAUGAAUGCACCAAUUGUGUGUGUGUGUUGGUGUGUACAGAACAAGCGUAUGGAGGUGCAGGGUGAGAUGAACGCCAAGACGCUGGUUGAGAUGGGCGUGGGGUAUGCCUGCAAGAAGGGACUAAAACCUGAGAGCCCCAACCAAGACGACUUCUUCAUCCUCACGUACACACACACACACACACACAGAUCACUCACCAGAUGCUCACAGGCAGACAGCCACACAGCCCAUGAAUGCAUUGCCGUCUGUCUACCUCUUCUGCCCUCAGAGUUGAGGAUUGGAGCCUGUUUGGCGUGUUUGAUGGCCACGGUGAGCAGUUGACAUGCUCAUGUCCUGAUGCUUCUCCAUCCUUGAUCUCAUGUGCUGUGUCUCUCCAGGUCCGUCUGGCCACGACGUGUCGAAUUUCGUGCACAAGAACUUGCCGAAGCUGAUUGUGUCUGACCCCAACUUCGAGACCGAACCCCUCACAGCCAUCAAACAGGCCUUCCGCAAGGUGUGCACGCCCACACGCACGACCCACCCGAGCCACGGAGGCGCAGUGCGGUGUGUUGUGUUGUGUCUUGGAUCUAUCUAAUGGUGUGUGUGGUGUGGUUGCGCAGGUCCACGACAUGCUGCAGGUGGCUGCCAACUCCAACGAUGGGUUCGACUGCGCCCUGUCAGGCACGACAGCCACCGUGGUCAGUCAGUCAGUCAGCUGCAGUGAGCCAGCUGCAGCAACACCGGUCUACCUGUCUGCAACUCGUGCACAGGAGCGCCUGCGUGCGUAUGUCAGGUGCUCCAUCGCAAGAACAAGUUGUUUGUGGGUCACGUGGGCGACUCGAGGGCCGUCCUUGCCGCCAAGGCGCAGGGAGGUCAGUCUGCCAGGCCGUACAACAUCACCUCACGACUGAGUGCGAUUGCCGGGCUUUGUGCGGACUGGACUGCAGGCAAGCGCCUGACGGCCAUGAACCUGACGCAGGACCACAAGCCGACACGGGAAGACGAGAAAAAGAGAAUCCAACAACAUGGUCGGAGAAAGAAGGAGACACACACAAGAGACAGAGUCAGAGUCAGCGAUUCUCUUGUACGCAUACGUUUGCAUGUUUGUGUGUCUGUGUGCAGGUGGUGAGGUGCGCCGCCUCGACGGCGACAUUCCCCACCGUGUGUUUGUCAAGGGCAAAAUGUACCCAGGUGGGCAAAAAAUCAGCCAGCCACAAGACGGACUUCUCUGCUUGCGUCGCAUGCCCACACAAGGCCUCUUUUUUUUUCUCUCAUUGCCCGUGUUGGUGUUGUGCGUGCCAGGUUUGGCGAUGUCUCGCGCCAUUGGUGAUGUGGUGGGGUCCUCAGUGGGCGUCGUGCCGGACCCUGAUGUCAAGUACACAGCACACAGAGAGAGGAAACAAAGGGAAGCCAUCGAUGAAUCACACCUACACGCCCGUGUGCUUGCCUCCCUCCUUUGUAGGGAGCUGACAUUGGAGGAGGGGAGGGAUCAGUUUUUCCUGUUGUGUUCGGAUGGCGUGUGGGAGUUCAUCUCGUCCCAGGAGGCGGUCGACAUCAUCUCCAAGCAGGGCCGGAAACAAGUCCAGGAAGCAACAGGUAGGUGUCUGUGCACAUGGCAUGGCUGGCAUGCGAUGAGAUGAGAUGAGAUGAAUGAAAGGCAAUGCCUAGACGGGUCGCUACGGCGUGUGUUUUGCGUUCAGAGCAUCUGACCUAUGAGGCCUGGCGGCGCUGGGUCGCGGAAGAGGAGAAUGUCGUCGACGGUCAGCACGCACAGUGUGUCGGUGUUGUGAUCGACAUGUCUCCUUCCUGUCUGCACCAUCAGACAUCACGGCCAUUGUGCGCUGGAUCACCCCACCAGCAUAAUGAAGACGCACAUGUGGCCGGGCCCGGGAGGGGCAGGCAUGCAGGGGGCCGGGACCUGGACGUGCCUGCCUUCCUGUGUCCGGCCAACCCUGUCCAUGUGUGCGCUUGUCUCGUGUCUGCCCGUCGCCUGAUCUGAUCAACCAACAGACGAUUGGACGAUGCUGAUGAUGUUGGGGGUCUUGCCAUGCCUCGGAUGUCGCCGUCUCUGCUGUGAGUCUGUGGGCGUGAGUGAAUGGGUGGAUGGAUAGCCGGAUGAAUUGGAUGGUUGCUGGCUGCGUAUGCCGUGGUGCGUAUGUUUGCUGAUUGGUUGAAUUGAAUUGGUACGAACUCUCUACUCUGUACGUGUGUCUCGAUGGACCCAAUCAAUGGUGGCCCGUGGCCAUGCUGUCUUUUCAAGUGCAUUAACAUUGCGG